GCUAGGUUCACGAAACAUGUGAAUUGGCCCAGCAAAUUAGUAAAAUAUAAAGAUUGCAAUAAAACAAAACUAAUGACAUUACACGCAAGCAUGAUACUUAUUCAUUCUAAAUAUGGUCUAAAAUUUUAUUUAAAUUCAUUUCUGGAAGGAGUAAAAUACUAAAUAAAAACACCUAUGUUGAAUAUUUCACGUGUUUUCGUCAUUUUCGCCAUAUCUUUCAACUGAAAAAAAUAUGAAGGCAUUUUCCCGACACUUAGAUAUUUCACACAUACUUUACUUUAAUAUCAACUAAUUGGCACACAAAAUUUCAAGGUGUCGAAAUAGUGCCUUCAUUCUUAAUUUUUAUGUAAUAUACUUAGCAGAUGGUCAAAGUUACGAGUGACUCGGGGUCGAAUUACAAGCUUUUGUUUGCAGGCUUUCCUUUCAUUAAUUGAUUGCUAUUGUAUUUGUAAAUUUUAUUUGAAUAAAAUAAAAUAAAUGACAGUGGCUAGAACUAACAUGCAUUAAUGAUAUUUUCAUGAAUCUUGAAGUUUGACAAUUGAAUUCCGUGUAAACUUGUUAUGCGUUAGAAGUGUAGUCUACACGACGCAAGGGGCGCUACUCUUACUGACAGUUCAUCGUUAUAAACAACGUGCACAUUUUCAUUGUUACGCAGCAAUUUGUUGAAUUACUUGACAUACGUAGACAUGUAAAGGUAUGUUGAACAUAUUCUUUAUAAAAUUCAUGUUUCUUUUUCGUUCGCUGUGCCAUUUUAAUUUGAUUUUCUUCAUUAAAAGUGUUGAUCUGCUUGCACUUGCAGACGAUAAGCCUAAUUCUCGUCCGUUAAAUAUGACUUGGGAUAAAACCACGAAAUAAUAUAGUCGGAAUAGAUAUUUGUGAUCAAUAAUCUAUGAAAUACAUUAUCGGCUGUAAAAUAAAUUAUGGGUGAAUUAUUUUCAACAAAACACGGUAGAAUAAUUAUAUAGUUAUAAUUAUCUUCCUCAGGUUAUCGAAAGUCUUGGCGCAGUGGUUGUAACGAUGGCGUAACGUGUGAAAGGAUCAGAGUUCGAAACCUAGAUGGAGGAUGGCUCCAACUCCAUGCGUUUUGUGUGGGAAAAGACUAAAGAUACAUCAAAGGAGGCCUGUGAAUCCAUAUCUUAUCCGGUAUCUCAGAAAAACGUUCAUGCUUGAAACUUCAAAAUCUGACUACAUAUGUGGAAAAUGUAGCCGACCGGCAUAUCCUUCUCAGCAUAACAAAAGACCCAUAAUAUCUGCAUGUCCUGUUCCUGUCACAGCAGAAAAGAAUGAUAUUCAACAAUUGCCAAGUCCACCAUCGGUUUCUUUGAGCUUAAAAACAAUUUCAAAAAGUCAUUCAUACUGUUUUAUUUGUAAGAAAGUAGGAUCUAAAUUAAUUGUUGUUCCAUCAAAACUUAGAACAGAAACACUUGUGAAGCAUAAUAUCCUUAUAACAGCUGACAGUAGGUGUUGCCCUGCUCACCUGAAUAAUAAUCGUAAUGGUUUCCAAGCAAAUGUUUUAGAUAACGUAAAAACAUUAGAGUCUGUUUUAUUAAACCUGACUACAAUUGUGAAUGUUAUAAAUAAUGUCAGACAGUGUAUACUUAAUUCAUCGUCUAAUAGAAUGUCAUUUGACAAUAUUGAUACAUUUUCAAAUGAAGAUUUGUGCAAUCUUACAGGUUUGAACAAAGAACAGUUCUUAGAUUUAUGCUCUAUUACUGAAGAACAUGUUAGAAAUACGCCAGUUAGAAGCCACAUUACUACACUGGGUAUAUUUAUGUUUAAACUUAAGUCUGGAUUAUCAAACAAAAUUCUUUCAACACUUUUUGAUGUAUCUAAAUCAGGCAUAAGAAGAGCAGUACAUACAAUCAGAAAAGUGCUUGUUUCUGAACUUGUUCCUAAAUAUCUUGGCUUCCAGCACAUAUCAAGAGAAGAAAUUAUAAAAAGCCAUACUCGUUCCCUAUCACAGUCACUACUUGCAGAAAAUGCCAGCCAAGCUAUAAUUGUUUUAGAUGGAACAUACAUAUAUAUUAGAAAAAGUACAAACUUCAAAUUCCAAAGACGUUCUUAUAGUGUACAUAAAGGGCGGCCACUUGUUAAACCUAUGGUAAUAGUAAGCACCACUGGAUACUUUAUUUCCGUAUUAGGACCAUAUCUUGCAGAUUCUAAAAACAGUGAUUCAGGAAUUUUAAACCAUGCAGUAAGGAAUAACAUAGAGGAAAUCAAAAAUUGGGCUCAGCCAAAUGAUAUAUUUGUUGUAGACCGUGGAUUUCGUGACUCCCUGCAAGUGCUGGAGGAGAUGGGAAUAAAAGCACAAAUGCCAAAGUUCAUGCCGAAGGGUGCCAAACAAUUAACAACCAUGGACGCUAACCACAGUCGGUUAGUAACAAAGGUCAGAUGGGUAGUUGAAGCAUCAAAUGCUCGAAUAAAGAGAUGGAAGUAUCUUGACCAUGUAUUGCCUACCAAUCAAGUUCCGUACAUUGGUGAUUAUGUCCGAAUUAUUUGUGCCACAUGUAACAAAUACCUUUCACCUCUAAAUGCAACCAAAGAUUUGAUGGACGACACACUUGUAGCAGAGAGAAUGAGAGAUAAAAUCCAGAAUGUUAACCACUUACAAUCGUAUGUUCAAGAAAAUGAACUGUAUAAGCGAAAUAUUUCAAAAUGGCAAGCAGUGCAAGAAAUUGACAAUUUCCCCUCCAUAGAUGAUUUUACUCUUAGUCUUUUGACUCUUGGUACCUACCAAAUGAAACUUUGCCAGUCAUAUGCACAAGAGUACCUUGAUGGAGAUUGUGAUAUUUUGGUGUAUAAAGAAUCAAAAGACUUGUUGAGAGUAAGACUUCAAAGUCGUCAUGUAUCUUCCAAGUCUUAUUUUGUUUGGAUUCAGUAUGAUUCAGACCAUGUCAAGGCCUGGUACUGCCAGUGCAAGGCUGGUGCACGGACAGUUGGAACAUGUUCACAUGUGGCUGCGGUGAUUUGGUACCUAGGCACAUCUAGGCAGCAGUCUGACAGGUACGGAGUCCAAGACUGGACUCAAUACCUUGAUGAUGCUGCCGAGAUGCCGCAGCCAAUAGAUUCAUCUGACUCGGAAGACAGUAUUGUAGAGGAAUAAUAAGUAAAAGGAAUCAUACCAGUAAUAUUGUCAGACUUAUUACUUAUAUACAUAACAUUUGUGGAAGUGAUGUAUCCAAUGAUUGCUUCAUUUAAUUAAGUCUGCAAGUGAAAGGUAAUGAAGAUAAAAGGCACUGUUACUUAAUUACUCAUAAAUGAACAUGAAUGUUUUUGUUGCCAUUUUAUGAAUCAUUUUUGUGAUCUGCAUAUUUUCAUUUUAAAGACUGAUUCAUGUAAUCAUAGAUGUGCAGACUUCCUCUUUUUGUGUCGCCUUGAAAAGGCAACAUUUAGGGGUUUCUUUUGUCGGUGUUGUCGUUGUCGGUGUCGGCGUCCCCUAAAGCUUGUCCGGAGCAUAAGUCAGUCAUUAUAAGUUUGAUUGACUUCAAACUUGGUAUGCAUGCUUCUUAUAAUAACUCGAAGUGCAGUGCACAAGGACCGGUACUCUGCACUUCUUAUUUUUUGAGUUAUUGCCCUUUGUUAAUUUUCAUACUUUAUUUUUGUCGUGGCCAUUUCUCCUAAACUAUAUUGUUCACAAGGCGACACAUCCGACUCGCGGAGUUCUAGUUUAAGUGAUAAUGCCCAUAUAGUACAUUGUAUGGUACCCAGAAAUUCCUGUAAGUUUCAAACAUAUUAAAAGAAUGAUGAACAAAUAAAGCUAUAAAAAGGAAUAUGUGAUGAUCAUUUAUAACAUGCAAUUAUAUUUAUUGUACAAGUAACUAUAAAGGGAAUUAUGUAUUUAUCCUUUUUUAAAUUUUGUAUAUUCAAAGCAGAUUUAUCUAUAUGAAACUUAUUAUCUAAAACUUUUAGAAUGGUUGCUAUGGAGAUUAUGAUUGAAUUUCAAUUCAAAACAUAAUUAUUUAUGUUAAUAUACAUGUAGUUUCUGUACACUACCUAAACUGUUGUUAAGCUAAGAUUGUUAAUAGUUGUUGCUAGAGAGAUUAUAAUUGAAUUUCAAUUCAAAACAUAAUUAUUUAUGUUAAUAUACAUGUAGUUUCUGUACACUACAUAAACUUUUGUUAAGCUACGAUUGUUAAUAGUUGUUGCUAGAGAGAUAAUAAUUGAAUUUCAAUUCAAAACAUAAUUAUUUAUGUUAAUAUACAUGUAGUGUUUCUGUACACUACAUAAACCGUUGUUAAGCUACGAUUGUUAAUAGUUGUUGCUAGAGAGAUUAUAAUUGAAUUUCAAUUCAAAACAUAAUUGUUUAUGUUAAUAUACAUGUAGUUUCUGUACACUUAAGCUAAGAUUGUUAAUAGUUGUUGCUAGAGAGAUUAUAAUUGAAUUUCAAUUCAAAACAUAAUUAUUUAUGUUAAUAU